AUGAGCUAUCACCAAGGGCAACCCCAGCUAGGGGCAACCUUUGUGCCCGGAGGCAUCGAUGACUAUUAUAUGCCGGCGCCUGCGCCUGAACUCAUCUCGCCUGCGCCUCAGCGGAUCAUGCCCGAAGUCCCGGAGAACAUGCAGGAAAACAUUGCUCAUCUGGAGUUGGAGGCCAACGGUCCCCGAGGCACAAACGGCGCCAUGUCACCAACCCAGGGCUACAACCAGUCGCAGCCGCACAUGCUCCCGCGGCAGCCAACCUACACCAGCGAGCUGCCCGCCCACAACGACCAAUGGCCAUCCCGCCACGGGAGCAUCUCUGCUGCCUUUCGCCAGCCGCCAAACGUGCAGCCCCAGCCUGUACAGCAGCAGCAGUCGUCGCACGACUACAACCAAUUCGCCCAGAACAACGAUGCCCCCAACUUCUCGCCCUUCCCCAAGCUCCCGAACAGACCGCCCAACGUGCCGCCGUCCGACGACGAAAAGGAAGCCGUCCUGGAAAAUGCACGUCUGCCCGUCCUCAACUCCAAUGACCCCGAGAUGCAGCUGGCUUGGGCACAAGAUGCGCUGCAAUACGUAGACGCUGCACAGUUGCAUGAACAGCGCAUUUCGGAGAUUCAGGGGGCGAGGCCGGUGACGCCCCAGGUCGAGCACCAGCUGCGCGUCGACGCAAUGAACGUCGUCACGUUUCUGGCAGACCAGGGCCAUCCAAAGGCGACCUUUAUGCGGGGCAUGUGGUUGGAGUUUGGAAAGUUUGGUAUGCGCGCAGACAAGAAGGAGGCGUUUCGAUGCUACUCUCGUGCGGCAGCAAAGGGGUAUGCCCGAGCAGAGUAUCGAAUGGGCAUGCAGUUUGAGCAGGCAAACGAUCCUAUCAAGGCUCUGCAAAACUACAAAGCUGGUGCGGAGCAGGGCGACUCGGCCUCCAACUACCGUCUUGGUAUGAUGACGCUCCUCGGGCAGCAUGGACAGCCUCAGGAUUUUGCAAGGGGCAUCCAGCUCAUCAGACAGGCUGCUGCUACUGCAGACGAGAAUGCUCCCCAGGGCGCCUACGUUUUGGGCAUGCUUCAAGCACGCGAACUUCCGCAGAUCAGUGUUCCCGAAACCUUUCUACCCUAUGACGAGAGGGGUGCGCGACAAAACAUUGAAAAGGCCGCAUACCUCGGAUUUGCAAAGGCCCAGCUCAAGAUGGGAUCAGCCUACGAGCUCUGCAGCUUGGGUUGUGAGUUCAAUCCCACGUUAUCGCUGCACUACAACGCGCUUGCGUCCAGGCAAGGCGAGCCUGAAGCAGACAUGGCCAUCAGCAAGUGGUUCCUUUGCGGACAUGAAGGCGAGUUCAACAAGAACGAAGAGCUGGCGUUCCAAUACGCGCAACGAGCUGCGGCUGCAGGCCUCGCCACUGCAGAGUUUGCCAUGGGCUAUUUCCAUGAGAUUGGUAUGAAUGUGCCAGUCAAUCUCGACAAAGCUCUCGAAUGGUACGCAAAAGCCGAGAAGAAUGGGAACAAAGACGCGACUGGACGUAUAGAGAGCAUUUCCAAGCUGUCGCGGACACUGUCAAAGAGGGACCAUGAGAAUGUGGCAAUCAACAUGAUCAAGUCAAAACACGGCUCUAUGCGAGGGCAGCGGCCAGAAAGGUUCCAAAAAGGCCCUGCUAUCCUGCCGUCUAUCAGCGAUGUAAGCCCCUCUGAUUACGGUUCAGAUGCCUCGCCUGCUACCCCCGUGGGCGGCCGACUCCCACCUCGGGGCGACACCACAACACCGUAUCCCGUCUCUGACCAGCCGCCUAUCAUCUCAAACCUGCCCAUGUCGGCACCCUACGACCGUCCGUCCACGGCAGCACCCUACCCUAUGGACAAUGGCCCUCCACGGCUGAGCCCGCAACGCCCAACCAUGGCUGGUGGAUUUGCGCCGGAAUUGAGGGCUGCCAGCGCCCGACCCACUUCAUCAUCUGCUUUCAAUAUCAACCCCAACAUUUAUCCAGCAAAUGACCCUUACGGCCGCGGUAGCCCACGGCCGGGCCCUGGAUCUGACAUGGGACCAAUACCAUUGCGGCCUCACACCAGUGUGGACAAUAUGGGGUCAGGGCGAGGGCGUGUUCCUAUCGGUGGUCGGGGUGGACUGCCAGGGGGACCGGGGGCCUACAGGCAACCCGGAGGGCCCAGCGCUCAGCGUCCAGAGAUGCAGAACCGUCCAUCAACAACACAGCCCCCAGAUAUUGGAUACAGUGCGCCAGAUGGGCGAAACAAGCUGCAGAAGCAGCCAGGAGCCCCGCUUAAGAAAGCGCCCACGUUACCGGAUAUCGGCUAUGUCGCGCCCCUUGAGACUCGUCAACACACCCGACCUUCCACAGUUCAGCCAGGUCAGGAGAGUAGGACAUCUUCACGACCUGGGUCAGCUGGCCGAACCGGUGGGUAUGAUAACAUGUCGAACCCUAAUAGAGUGCAAGCGUUGCAGCAGCAGCCACAGCAGCCACCACCACAACCACAGCAGCAGCAGCAGCAGCAACAACAACAACAACUGCCUUCCAAGCCAUCCCCGGGGCCUGGAAGCAAGCCGGCCACGCCGACGCCUCCCAGUAAACCUGCACCUUCGGCUGCUCAGGGACCAGGAAAGGGACCGAAGACGUUUGAUGAAAUGGGGAUUGGACAAGCGCCCAAGGAGGGCGAUUGCGUCCUGAUGUAG